GCAAGGAAGAAAAUUAUAUGUAUGUUGACAGAGAUUAUUGAAGAAAGAAGAGCUUCUUCGAGCUUGCAUCAUGACAUGCUUGAUUGCCUAUUGCAGCCUGAGGAAGGAUCAAAAGCAAAACUGACGAAUGAUCAGAUCAUCGAUGUGAUCAUUGCUCUGAUUUAUUCAAGUUAUGAAACUGUUUCCACGACAUCGAUGAUGGCUGUCAAGUACCUCCAUGAUCACCCAAAAAUCCUUGAAGAUCUCAGGAAUGAACAUUUAGAAAUCAGAAAAGGGAAGUUACCUGGGGAUGCACUUAACUCUAACGACUACAAGUCCAUGAACUUCACUCGUGCAGUGAUUUUAGAAACGUUGAGAAUGGCUUCAAUUGUUAAGGGAGUUUUGAGGAAAACAACUGAAGAUAUAGAAAUAAGAGGAUUUGUGAUUCCCAAAGGGUGGAAAAUCAUUUUGUAUAUGGGGGAGAUGAACUAUGACCCAUGUCUAUACCAUGAACCUCUAACCUUCAAUCCAAGGAGAUGGAUG